ACGCGUAAGCAAAUAAGAGUUCAGUAAACACCGCGUAUUAAGAGUCCCGUACAAAGUUUCGAACCCCUGACCGAGGAAGCGAUAGAGUCAAGACUCUAGACUCUAUCGAUUGUUGCGGAUAAUUUGACCAAAACAGAAUUUGGGCGUAUGAAAGAGAGAAGACGAUUUGAUUUGUUCUUCAUUAGUUGGAUCUCAAUUGCAGGAGCACAAACAAAUCUUUACGAUCACGCUUGCGCUGGCGCAGGACUAGUAUAUUUUCACUGAAUUUUAAGAAAUCUGUAUAUUAGCCAGAAUAAGAUGAGCCAAAGCGAGAGUCUUUCUCUGGACAAGGAUGAAAUUGCGCAAUUGCGCGAGAUUUUCAUGUCAUUCGACAGAAAUCACGACGGCAGUAUAACGGAGCUGGAAUUAGGAUCGCUGUUGCGAUCUGUGGGGUUGAAGCCCAGUCCUGAGCAGCUAGAAGCCCUGAUUCAGAAAGUCGAUACAAACAAUAACGGACUUAUUGAGUUUUCUGAAUUUAUCUCGCUUGUUGCCCCCGAGAAAGCGGCGGAGGCGGAGGCGGAGACUGGAAAGAGGACUCCGUAUACAGAGGAACAACUCCGUGCUAUUUUCCGGUUAUUUGACAGAGACGGCAACGGCUUCAUUACAGCAGCGGAGCUUGCGCACUCCAUGGCUCGGCUGGGCCACGCUCUCACCGUCAAGGAAUUGACAGGGAUGAUUAGGGAGGCCGAUACAGACGGUGACGGCCAGAUCAGCUUCGCCGAGUUUUCCAAAGCCAUAUCUUCUGCUGCUAUUGAUAAUUCCUCUUCCGCUUGGGAGACAUGAUUUGUAUGAUACAUAACAGGAAUAGGGUUUGCUUUCCGUUCUGGAAAUUUAUUUUCAAUUAAAUGAGGGAACGGCAGGGUAGCGCAGUGGUGGCUGACGGCAGGUUUCGAUUUUGUAAGUUUCUGGUUACGCUGUACAUGUUUUUGAUCAUCUAAAUUAAUCGUUGCGGGUUGAAGUUAGGAUUUUCAGGUCAUCCUGCAUGAUCGGAGGAUGAACGGGACCCUGCAAUAUAUAUUUAUUUCCUUUUUCUGUUAGUCACUUUUUCGAGAUCCGGUGGACUGUUCAUUGUAAGAUUAUGGAAUUUCGUGGAGGAAUUCUGCUUUAAUUCUUUCAGAUCUUUUAAUAAUUUAAUGACCGGAAGAGAUUGAUUGUUAAGUUCAUAAGAUCUUCACAGUCCAUGAAUGGAUAGUGUAUUUUUAUCGAUUUGUAUAUCUUUUUCCAUAAAAAAUUGCGAUCAUAUUCUGUAUUCACCAUUAAGAUCAAGUGUUUGAUA